GGCAAAUAUGAUCAACUGUAGCAGUCGACAAAUUUCACGUGUAAAUGAUGUGGAAAUUGCAACUAAAGUUUGCUGUUUUUCCCCUAGUUUUCUUGUCGAUCCUUGGGAAGAGACUAAAUAAAGCUGCAACAGAACUACUAGAAAAUGAAGACGAAAGAUUCAGUAAAGAAAAGUUAGUGUGUCCAGCGAGGAAAGUAACAGAACGGUCAAUAGCUAAUCUUCGUUUCUUGCAAAAGUUCCAGGAUGUUCCUAAAGGGGAGAUAACCCCUUGUGUCCUGCAGCUCGUGAAGAGUUCUCCAUCAGAGGGCUGGCUGUGGUCAGUACUGGGUGAUGUGUACUUGGCACAAGGAAUGAACAGUCAAGCUAACACAUGCUUCAAACAAGCUGUGAAGCUGUCAGGCAAAAUAAGCCCCCAGGUAAAAGAAUGGCACUUCAUUGGCCCAUUUGUCAUAGGAAAAACAGAACUAGAUGGCGAUCCUGUUGAGUAUUUUGGAGGAAUCAGAAAUAUUUCAAGAUUUAGAUUGAAAAAAGGUGUUAAGUACUUCUCAGAAUUAAUCCCAGGUGGGGAAAUAACGUGGAAAGUUUUUUCAUCAUCAGGUCACGAAAACAGUUUAUCUGGGAUAAAAAUAUCCUCGGAGGUGAACUGGAAUGACUUGGUGAGCUCUCUCGGAUCGAUGGGUAUAACUGAAUGGCAAGGCUGGGUUGUUGGAGAAUUCGCUGUCAACGAGAAAGAUUUGAACAUCGUAGUUCAGUGUUUAGGUGUACAUACUGUGUACGUUGAUGAUUUUGUUUUGACUGGCGAUGUGUAUCACCGUGAGAAAUUCUGGUUCAGUACCACACUGGGACGAGGUCUGCACACCCUCUAUAUCCGUCUCAGGACAAAGGUUCUCCAGAACUUCAAGUGUUCCCUGCGUCUUGCCCCGUCAAGUUUUGCUAUGCUGUCGCCGUCAUUUCUGCCUGACCUUCUGGAUGGAUAUCUUUUCAGCUCAUACCUCAGCCUUCCAGUCGCCAAUCAUCACCGCUCCAAGUGGCUCAGGGUCACCAAGGUGUCCAGGGAGAGACAAUCUAGAGCUGAUUCUAUUCCACUUACAGCCAUUCAGGCUGAUGAUGGACAGUUUGCUGUGGCUCCAGGUCAAACUCGUCCAGUCAUUAUCAAGUUGGUGUCAAAGUCAGCAGAGAUCACUUCUGGUUGCCAUGACAUUGACCUUGUGCUAAAGGUGACAACUACAGAAGGUCAGCAAGACCUGCCCAUUACUCUCAGGUGUCGCAAGUCCACAGAAUCUUUCCUCUUCACAUUUCUUGACCAUGAUGGCUCUGUACAGCACGGUGCUGCGAUCCAGCCACUGGAAGAGUGUGACUUUAAAGACAGACAGACAGACAGCCCUUCAUGUCCAGUACUUCUGACUCUGCACGGGACAACAGUGCCUCCCCAAAACCAGGCUGACAGUUACAAACACAUGGUCAAUAAUGAGUUUGUGUUUGGGGUGAAGGGGGCAUGGCUGCUGGCUCCUACUCGGCACGGCGCUCACAACUGGGAGGGGCCAGGAGCUUUGACAGCUAUGACAGCUCUCCAGAGACUUUAUGAACUCACCAAUCACCAUCACUGGAUCAAACAGAAGGCAUCUGUACACCAUGUUAUAUUUGCUGGUCAUUCUAUGGGGGGUCAUGGAGCAUGGCAUGUGGCCACACAUUUCCCUGACCGUGCCCUAGCUCUCAUUCCAUUGGCUGGUUGGAUCAAGAAGGAGGAGUAUGGAGACAGUAACCUUUUCUUUAAACAUGACAUAUCCACCAGUCACACAGAUCCUGCAGUGAAGGCCAUAAUGGAGGCAUGUAUAGCGGAGAAUGAUGUGGAUAGGCUUGUGUCUAAUCUACAGGGGAUCCCAGUGUUGACGCGGAUAGGUGACCAGGAUCGCACGGUGCACCCGUUUUUCUCUCGCAGGAUGUUCCGACGACUCAUGGAGGAGAAGAUUGAUGCCAGUUACACAGAGCUGAAAGGGAAGGAGCACUGGUGGUGGGACACCUGGGAAACAAAUGAUGGCGGUGCUGUGAAUGAUAGACAGCUGAGGGACUUCACUGAAAAACACUGUCGCGUUGGAGGGGCAGGUAACUCUUGUACUGCAGAUGAAGGAGACUGUGGUGGAGAUGCUGCUAGCCGAUAUACUGCCACAUCAGACAAAUUCCUGAACUUUACAUAUGCCACCUUCAAUCCUGCAUUUGGAGAAGGUAAAAGGGGUGUCCAGGUGCUUCAACAGGUCACUCCCUUCAGGAAAAGUCAGAUAAAGGUAGAAGUGAAAACUGAAGAGAUUUCUGUGAGGACUGUGAAUGUGGCGAAGUUUGACAUCCGUGAGCCAAUCAGUCAGCCUGUGCACUGGAGGCAGAGAACCAUCACAAUUGACGACAAGUUCUCUGUAUCUGGAAAGGAUUUGGUGGAUGUCAUUGAAGAGUCUGAAAUUCAUUUCUGCAGAUUUGGAGGAAAAUGGCAAAUCUGUAGAGAUUCCUUAUUCUCCGCAAAGACACGAGGGCCCCAUAACCUGGGACCUGCUAGGCGGAUAGCAGAGAACCAGCUGGUCAUCAUUACAGGUACCCAGGGCCCUGACAUCCACACCACUAGGCUGCUGAAUCAGGCUAUAUACAUCGCCAACCUCUUCUACCUCACCUCAGAUAGCUAUGCACCCAUACUGAGGGAUGUGGACGCUGAUAUCACACAACUAGAGAGUGUGAAUGUGAUAGUAUUGGGGAGUCCAGAUGAGAACAGUCUUACCUCACACUUCCUGAAGACAGUCCCUAUCCGGGUAGACACAGGUCAUAUGUACCUGGCAGAUUGUGUUUUUGACAGCCCAAGGACAGGCUUAAUGACCUUGACCUCUCAUGGUGACCUUCACCUUGGUAUGGUAAUCAUGGGACUUGAUUUACAAGGAAUGCAGGAUGCUGUAUCCUUGGCAACACCGACUAUUCCACCAAUGACAAGAUCUCCGUUUUCUAACCUGUUACCUGACUUUGUGAUAACGGGUCCAGAGUUUGGAAGUAAAGGCCCUGGAGGGUUUGAGUGUGCCGGGUUUUGGGGCAACUCCUGGGAGUAUCGAGCUGACCUCGCCUCCUGUGUGUGUCAUUCAUCAUAAGACUGAGAUAAACCACCAUGCACUCAGCCAGAGACUAACAGCACUAAUCAUGAGACUGACAUCACAGAGACUAACAGCACUGAUCAUGAGACUGACAUCACCAAGACCAGCAACACUCAUCAUGAGACUGAUGUCACAGAGAGGAACAACACCCACCAUGAGACUGACGUCACAGACAAAAAGCACACAUCAUAAACAGGCAUCACAGUGACAAACAACACCCAUCAUGAGACUGACACCACCAAGACCAGCAACACUUAUCAUGAGACUGACAUCACAAAGGCUAGCAAACACCCAUCAUAAAACUGACAUCACAGAGGGCUAACAACACCCAUCAUAAGACUGACAUCACAGAGGUUAACAACAUCCAUCAUAUGACUGACAUCACAGAGGUUAACAACACCCAUCAUAAAACUGACAUCACAGAGGCUAACAACACCCCAUCAUAAGACUGACAUCACGUAGACGAACCACACCGUCAUGAGACUGACAUCACAUAGAC